AAACUGGUCAGUUCGAAUUUGAAGUAAUAAGUAAAGAAUCCCCUAAUGAAGAAACCUCUGUAACACCUGUUAGAGAUUAUCUUUUCGAACUCGACGAUGGUGGUAAUAAAUGCAAAGUGUGUGAACAAACAUUUGGAAAUCAGACUGCAAUAUUAACCAUUAAUUGGCAUUUUGAAGCCUUUCAUCCUGCAGAAUUUACUCUAAUCAAACAAUGUAGACAUCAACGACUUGACCCUUAUGAUCCAAAUGAAAAAUAUAAG